CGCCAUCAUUGUUGGUGGCAGUUGAAGCCUUUGCGGAGUGUGAGGAAAAACGGCAGCGGGGCUUUAAGGAGUAGCAGUCCGGGUGCCGUUGACUGCUUUCUGGAGUGAAACUAUGGUUCAAACGUGCUCUGCUUACGGCUGUAAGAAUCGUUAUCACAAAGACAAAGACAUUUCUUUCCAUAAAUUUCCCCUGGCACGUCCAGACGUCUGCGGCAAAUGGGUCGCCGCCAUGAGGAGGAACAACUUCAAGCCCACAAAGUACAGCAACAUCUGCUCACAGCACUUUACCAAAGACUGCUUCAAGAGGGAGUGCAACAACCGAGUCCUGAAGGAGAACGCGGUGCCGUCCCUCUUCAUUUUCAGCCUCAACAGUAAGUCAGAAUCGCUGGAUGACCCCUUCCCCUCGGAGAUGGACUUCCCCCUGCCCCUGCCCCUGUCCUCUGAGCUGGCGGUGGAGGAGCCCGGCCGGAGCGCCCCCCCCGCCUGCAGCGGCACGGCCGCCGUCUCCUGCGACCACAACUACACGGCCGAGGACUCGGCCCAGCAGAAGAAGCGCAUCGAGCAGCUGGAGGAGCAGGUGGAGCACCUGCGCAAGAAGCUGAAGACCACGCAGCAGAAGUGCCGGCGGCAGGAGCGCCAGCUCAAGAGGCUAAAGCUGACCCGCGAGGCGCCCGGGCCCGGACACGAGCCGCCGCCCGCAUUCGGAGAGGGAUACGUGAUUUUGCCCAAACACAUCUACCAGGCACUCAAAGGCAUCGAGUGACGAGGUACAGAGGAGGUAAACUGUGGUCAAGGAAGGGGGCACGCUCUUAAUUUGCCCAACAGGGCCACAAACUUCUGAGCCAAAAGCCACUAUAUAGACCAAAUAUGGUCUCUUGGGUGAACUUCCCCUUUUUUUCCCCUUUUUUUUUUCUUU